UCUGUGUUUCCCCUUACGGUUUCUCUAACUGCCACCGUGUUGCUAGUCAUGGCAGCAUCUCUUGCAGCAACUCUCGCCUCCACCGCAUUCAGCUCGAGAUGCCUCACCAGCUCCGUUCGUCAAGUAGACGCGGCAUGCGUUGCUGGCAAUCUGAAGCCACUGAAGGCAACUGUGAGGGGUGACAUGCGCGCAUGGAGCGGCGAGGGCGGAAACCCACCAGCGGAACGCAUACUCUCUCUUGAGGAGAUUCUCAGCGCCGCGGAGGCGGAGAGCAGCGACCUUGUAUUCUCUCCCGACGACGCUGCUGAUGACCAGGAUGACGCCGCCAUUGACAACCUGGCCGACGAUCCAUUUGCCUCGCGCUCACCGAUCCCCACCGACCCCAACGCCCCGGCUGCACAGCUCUUUCCGUCGGCUGACGACAUGGAGAAGGUGCUUUCCGCCUAUGGCAACGCUCCGGCAGCGGUAGGCGAGAUAGGAGUGGAGGAUCUCAAGGCGGCGCUAGAGGGGAAUGCAGGCGCCGUGCCUGUGCUGAUUGACGUGAGGGCGCCAGGGGACUACACGAGAGG